AUGGUUUCGCCUCUACUUGCUGCGCGGGUAGCCCGCAAGGCUGCUUUCAAUGUCGCCGGCAAGCGAUUCCUUUCUGAUAUUUCCAUUACUCGAACUGGCAAGCCUAUCAUGCGUGUUGAGGGUGGCCGCUCAUCCCUUGGAGGUCAUACCGUUACCGUAUUUGGCGCAACUGGCCAAUUAGGACGAUACAUUGUUAACCGACUGGCUCGCCAGGGAUGUACUGUUGUCGUUCCGUACCGUGAGGAGAUGGCCAAGCGUCAUCUCAAAGUUACUGGAGAUCUCGGUCGUGUUGUCUUCAUCGAGCACGAUCUUCGAAACACCCCUUCAAUCGAGGCCAGUGUGCGACACUCGGAUGCUGUUUUCAACCUGAUCGGCCGUGAUUAUCCAACCAAGAACUUUUCCUUGGAGGAUGUGCACAUUGAGGGUACCGAGCGAAUCGUUGAGGCCGUCUGCAAGUAUGAUGUCGACCGAUAUAUCCACGUUUCGUCCCAUAGUGCCAACUCUCAAUCCACCUCGGAAUUCUACCGUACAAAGGGCCGAGCUGAGGAGGUUGCCCGCAGCCUUUUCCCAGAGACCACCAUCGUCCGCCCUGCCCCCAUCUUUGGUUUCGAGGACAACCUCCUGCUGAAGCUAGCUGGUGUUACGAACCUUUUCACUUCCAAUAAUAUGCAAGAGAAGUUCUACCCCGUUCACUCGAUUGAUGUCGGCGCUGCUCUUGAGAAGAUCUUCUUCGACGACACCACUGCUGGACAGACCUUCGAGCUUUACGGACCCAAGAAGUACAGCAUGGAGGAAAUUUCCGUCAUGGUUGACAAGGAGAUUUACAAGCAGCGACGACACGUUAACGUGCCAAAGGCUAUUCUGAAGCCUGUUGCUGAGCUGCUGAACAAGGUGCUUUGGUGGCACACUCUGUCAGCUGAUGAGGUUGAGAGAGAAUUCUUGGACCAAGUCAUCGACCCCAAGGCAAAGACCUUCAAAGACCUCGGCAUCGAGCCUGGUGACAUCAUCAACUUCACCUACCACUAUCUGCAAGGAUUCCGAAGUCAGAACUUUUACGACCUUCCCCCUGCGACAGAGAAGGAGAAGCGGGAAGAGAAGAAGUACAUCCACGUCCUGGAUGAAUUGUAA